AUGGCUACCCUUAUUUUCCCUGAACACCCUUCUCCUGUUGCAGAUGCAGAAGCUUUAAGGAAGGCUUGUCAAGGAUGGGGAACUGAUGAAAAAACAAUAAUUUCCAUACUUGGGCGAAGAAAUGCAAUUCAAAGGAAGCUCAUAAGGCAAGCUUAUGAGGACAUGUAUCAAGAAGAUCUCAUCAAGCGCCUCGAAUCAGAGCUAUCCGGAGAUUUCGAGAAAGCUUUGUACCAGUGGACACUAGAUCUAGAAGAACGAGAUGCUGUCUUGUUGAAUGUAGCGAUCAAGCAAGUACCAUUACCUGAUUAUCGUGUAAUUGUUGAAAUUUCGUGCAUUCGCUCACAUGAAGAGCUCUUAGCUAUAAAACGUGCCUACCAAAUCCGCUACAAGCAUUCCGUGGAAGAAGACCUGGCUCAACAUACCACUGGUGAUAUUCGCCAGCUUCUGGUCGGGCUAGUGAGCGUGUAUAGGUACAAGGGCGACGAGAUUAAUGUGAGGCUAGCAAGUUCCGAGGCUGAAAUACUUCAUCGUGUUAUCUCAGAGAAGGCAAUAUUUAAUCAUGAGGAAACUAUUCGAAUCAUAACUACAAGGAGUAAGGCUCAAGUCCUGGCAACUUUGAAUCACUACAAAGAUGAUUAUGGCACAUCAAUUACUAAGCAUUUGAAGGAUGGCUCAAGUCACGAAUUCUUAUUUGCAUUGCGCACUGCCAUUCGAUGCAUUUGUGACCAUCACAAGUACUACGAAAAGGUAGUUCGUCGUGCACUUAACAAGCCUGGGACUGAUGAGGACUCUCUCACUCGGGUUAUUAUCACGAGUGCUGAGAAAGGCUUGAAGGAUAUCAAGGAGCUUUUCCAGAAGAGAAACAGCAUGUCUCUUGAGCAUGCAGUGGCAAAGGACACUUGGGGCGACUACAAGGCCUUCCUCCUGACUUUGCUCGGAAAGGAAGAUUAA